CCAUGCCGUGAGAGUGACGUCGACGUCAGUGUAGCCAUGACGGAACCCCACAGGGUCCAGCUCACUUCUCUGCCAGGCCCCCUGGGCACCACUCUGCUGAAGAAACCUCGCCGAGAGGACAUCGCGGGACCGGAGCCCCCCCAGGAACCUGAGCCAGCGUCUGCAGCCGUCCGCAUCGCCCUCACCCUUUUCGAGCCAGACCACAAGCGUUGCCCUGAGUUCUUUUACCCCGAACUGCUGAAGAACACGCGUGGGAAAGGGAAAAGCAGUUCUGCGGGAGAAAAGAAAAAAGACCCUUCUGAUCCCUUCAACGAUGAGGAAAGAGAGCGACACAGAGUGGAGGCGCUCGCCAGGAAGUUUGAAGAGAAAUAUGGUGGGAAGAAGCGCAGGAAAGACCGCAUUCAGGAUCUGAUCGACAUGGGAUACGGCUACGACGAAUCCGACUCCUUCAUUGAUAAUUCGGAAGCUUAUGACGAGCUCGUUCCGGCUUCUCUAACAACCAAGUACGGAGGGUUUUACAUCAACUCUGGGACCCUGCAGUUCCGGCAGGCUUCGGAGUCUGAAGAUGACCAUAUUAAAGAGAAAAAGAAGAAAUCGCCAAAGAAACGAAAGUUAAAAGAAGGGGGUGAGAAGAUGAAGAAGAAGAAGAAAGAUGAUUCGUACGACAAGGAAAAGAAAUCUAAAAAAUCCAAGUUCCCCAAAACCGGUUUCACAGCCCUGAAUGCAAGCAAAGAGAAGAAGAAGAAGAAGUACUCGGGGGCCCUGAGCGUCAAGGAGAUGUUGAAGAAAUUCCAAAAGGAGAAGGAAGCGCAGAAGAAGAGGGAUGAGGAGCCGAAGGUGGCUGUCCCCGCUCUGGCCGAAACCCCGGCUCCGCGUGAGGUGGAGAGCGUGUCCGACCCCCUCCUCUCUCUCUUCGGCCACGCCAGCGAUAGCGACCUGCUGCAGGCGGCCAACGCCAUGGACUCCCUGACAGACCUGGACCUGGAGCAGCUCCUCAACGACUCCCCGGAAGAGAGCCCGUUCCAGGACGUGGAGGACGGGAGCGACCCUCUCGGGGCGGCCCCGGAACAAGACAUCAAGCAGCCCCUGGCCCUCCCCGACGGGCUGCCCGCGCCACUGGAGAAGCGCAUUGAGGAGCUGAUGCAGGCUGCCAGGGCUGCGGAAGGCGAAGGGAAGCACAAGUUCUUCAACCAGGACAUCAACAACAUCUUGCUGGACAUCGAGCUGCAAACCCGGGAGCUGAACAGCCAGAUCCGGUCGGGAGUCUACGCUUACCUGGCCGCCUUCCUUCCCUGCAGCAAAGACACUCUGGUCAAGCGGGCCCGCAGGCUGUACCUCUAUGAGCAGGGGGGUCGGCUGAAGGAGCCUCUUCACAAGCUCAAGGAAGCCAUUGGCCGGGUGAUGCCGGAGCAGAUGGCCAAGUACCAGGAGGAAUGCCAAGCACACACCCAGGCCAAAUUCGCCAAGAUGCUGGAGGAGGAAAAGGACAAGGAACUGCGGGAGCGGGUCUGCUCCGACGAUGAGGAAGAUGACGACAAAGGAGGGAAGCGCAUCAUGGGGCCCCGGAAGAAGUUUCAGUGGAACGAAGCGAUCAGGGAUUUGCUGUGCCAGGUGGUGAAGCUGAAGCUGGACGGGCACGAGCUGGAGAAGAACAAGGUCCAGCCGAUGGAGGAUUACGUGAAGACCUUCCUGGAUGCCGAAGUCAAGCCUCUGUGGCCCAAGGGCUGGAUGCAGGCGCGGACGCUGUUCAAGGAGAGCAGACGAGUCCACGGUCACCUCACGUCCAUCCCAGCGAAGAAGAAAGUCAUGGCUCCUCCAAAGGUGAAGGGGAAGGAGCCAUCCGGCAAGCCGGAGAAGAAGGUGCCCCUUUCCAUGCCUGUGAUCCACGUGAGCGGCACGGUCUCGCUCUCUCCAGAGCCUCAGGGGAUCACCGUCGGCCUCAGCCCUCAGACCAGGGAGCUCUUGGCCAUGAGCGCGCCUUCCGCCCCGAGCAGCACGGCGGCCCAAGCCACCUUCAGCAUGGACGACUCUCUGGACGAGGACUUGAUCCAGAACGCAGCCUCCUCCUUGGAGGCCGUCUCAAAGGAGCUGGCAGCGCUGAACAGCCGCGCAGGGGACAGCCCCGACUUCACCCUUCCUGCCCCCCACAAGGCGCCCGCCGAGAAGCCCCCCGGCCAGGCUGCACCGGAAGAGAAGAAGAGUUUCGCCAAGCUGGGCCCCUCGCUUGCCCAGUCGCCCGCCGGCAGCUCUUUGCAGUCGCCCCUCAACUUCCUGGCCGAGCAGGCCUUGGCAUUGGGCCAGACCCCGGCAGACAAGAAGGCGGAGGGCGCCGCUUACAAAGAGCCCCCUUGCCCAACUCCCCCCAACAAGCUGGAGGCUCACCUCUCCAAGCCCAAGCACCACAGCGCCCCGCGUGCGGCUCAUGGGCCCCAGACCUCGACCCCGGCCCCCCCAGCGAAGGCGUUUCCUGUGGGAGGGCAGCAGCCCAAACCUUUCCCCCUUUCCCCUCCCUAUGUCAAGCUGCAGGCUCCCAAGGCCACCUCCCCGCUGCCCCCGCGCCCCCUCCUACCGCAGCAGGUCAAGGGGCCCGCCAAAGCACCCGGCUUCCACUCUGCCCCCUCGCCAUCCUCGUCGUCCUCGACCGUUUCCCUGGCGUCCGGCAGCUCCCACAAGACCCCCAGUUCCUCGCCUGUCUCUCUGACCUUCCUAGGGAAGCACUUGAGCGUCUCUGGCUCCUCGACGCCGUCCUACAAGUCGCCCUUCGUGGCCCUUUCCCGGCACUUGGCUCCUCCCAGCGGCUCCGCAUCUGCCGGGGCCGCGAACCAGAGCCCCUCUGCCGGCAACCUGCUGCCUGGCACGUCUCUCCCCUCUCCCGGGCAGGCCCCCAGCCGCUCCUCGCCCAGCUCCGCCGCCGCCAAGAAGACGCCCGUCUCUCAGAAGCUGACACUGGUGGCUCCGCCAGGAGGCCCGAACGUCAGCUCAAGUGGGGGGACGCAAGGGGUGGCCAAGCUGCUGACCUCCUCCCUCAAGCCGGCGGUGGUGACCAGCGCGGCAUCUUCUACCUCGGUGACGAAAGGAGCCAGCGGGGCGGUGCUGCUGACCAGCUCGUCUUCCUUGAGCGUCCUGCCUCCCCCCUACAAGGCCGGCAGCGCCAAGCUGCCGCCCGCCCUCGGCUCCACCCCGCUGGGCAUCCUCUCGCCCAUCCACUCCUACCCUCUCCACGUCAUCUCCUUCAGCUCCGAAUCAUCCCCCAAGGCCGGGAUGUCGAAGGAUGCCAUCGUCACGGGACCGGCCCCGGGGACUUUCCAUCACGGCCUUGGGCACAAUACUCCCCAGCUUCACGGCAAAGGGUCCAGCGUGCAGCCGCGGAAGUUGUGACGGCCAGGAAAGAGGGCACCGCUAGCCCCGCAGGAGACC